UGAGCAGAACCGGACCAGAAGUGGAUGCAGUAACUGACACUGAUACAGUCAUGACAAAAUCAAAGUUAAACACUUCAACUACGAUAAAGCAUUUCCAUGUUUUGCUUAUCAGCGUCUAAAAACUCGCCACCAUAUCUUUCCUUGAGGUCUACACUAUUCUUGUUACCAAACAACCCCGCUAAUCGGCGGUUAUCCCCGCCACUGCUCGCUCCGCCGGUUCUUUGCUUGCGGUGACGCCUCGGAAGCGGUUCUCUCUAUCUGUUGGUCGUCGAAUUUCGAAACUUCUUCACCAUGGCUGGCGCUGAGGAUUUUGUUAAAGGAAAUGUCUAUCCCAACGGCGUCGCAAUCAUUACUCUCGACCGUCCCAAAGCCCUCAACGCCAUGAAUUUAGAUAUGGAUGUCAAGUACAAACAAAUUCUUGAAGAAUGGGAAUCGGAUCCAAAGGUCAAAUGUGUUCUGGUUGAGGGCAGCUCAUCGCGUGCGUUUUGUGCAGGAAUGGAUAUUAAAGGUGUUGUUGCUGAAAUCCAAAAGGACAGAAACACACCUCUUGUGCCAAAGGUCUUCACCGCAGAGUAUUCUCUAAUAUGCAAAAUUUCUGAGUACAAGAAGCCUUAUAUAUCAUUCAUGGAUGGCAUAACAAUGGGCUUUGGAAUUGGCCUAUCUGGCCAUGGUCGCUACAGAGUGAUAACUGAGAGGACUGUUCUUGCUAUGCCAGAAAAUGGAAUUGGUUUGUUUCCUGAUGUUGGGUUUUCAUAUAUAGCAGCACAAACACCAGGAGGGGGUUCUGUUGGUGCUUAUCUUGGAAUGACCGGGAAAAGGAUAUCAACACCUUCAGAUUCUCUAUUUAUAGGUCUUGGAACACACUAUGUGCCAUCUGGGAAUCUAGGUUCAGUAAAGGAAGCCCUUCUAGCCAGUACCUUCUCGGAGGAUCCACACAAGGAUGUUACAUCACUGUUGGCAAAAUACAGCAGUGACCCUGAGUCGGAAGCUCAAUUGAAGUUGCUUUUGCCUCAGAUAACUUCAUGCUUUAACGCAAAUAAGUCAGUUAAGGAGAUAAUUGAAGAGCUUAAAAAACAUCAACAAAGUACAGAAGCUUCAGUGGUCGAGUGGGCAAAUGAAGCUCUGCAGGGUCUCGGAAAGGGUGCUCCAUUUUCUCUUUUCUUAACACACAACUAUUUCUCUAGAGUUGCAUCUGGAUAUGGUAAACAGAACAACGAAUUUACGAUGCUAAAAGGCGUCAUGAAAACUGAAUACCGCGUUGCGCUACGGUCUUCUCUGCGGAAUGAUUUUGCUGAAGGCGUCCGUGCAGUCUUGAUUGACAAGGAUCAGAAUCCGAAGUGGAACCCUGCCACCGUAGACGAAGUUGACCAAAAGGAAGUGGAGGCAGUUUUUGAACCUUUAGGUCCGGGAAUCGAAGAGUUGAAAGUUUAAGGUUCACACUUCCACAUAAUCAAGUUCGCUUUCCUUGUUUUCGUUUGCGAAGAUGAAUGAAAGGUUCGUGGUUGUAGAAAUAUGAACAAUGAAGCUAAAGAAAAAUAAAAGAACAUUUACAAGCGCAACUACCUCAGUUUCUGGCAUGAAGGUAUGUUACGUAUUUAUAUACUUGGAUGACACUUAUGGCUUUAGUAAUAUUGUCAUGUUAAAGCACAUUCAUGUUUCCUAAGAUGUUACACUUUUGGACUGCCAUUACUAUAAUCAAAUCUUUAUGUUCAGUCAGUUUUAAGGCUGAAAA